AAUAAAAGAAUCUUUAACAAUCACAUUUGAAGAAAUCUCAUUUUUUUAAUUGGUAAUUAAGUCAAGAUUCCAAGAACCAAGCAAUACCCAUGAAUCCUUAAUCAUCAAGCAAAAGCCACUAUGUCAAUAAAAACAACUUUGGACGCAUACGGGCUUCUUACAAAUCAAUCAAUACAAGUGAAUUGAUAAAGUCCUAGUUUUCUUUCAGACAUUUAUCAAAUAAGUUGUACUGCAUUAAUUAAUCACCAGAAACAACCAUUCAGUGACGGUCAAAACAUAGAGAAAUGGGAAAAGAAAAGAUGGGUUUUUGGGUAGUGGGGGUGUUAGUGCUAGUUUUGAUUUUAGGGUCAUCAGCUACUAAUGAUGACAGACAGCAAAGAUGGCGAAAGGCUAUGAUGUCAGGUGAAACAACAGGUUCAUCAAUGUUGAUCAAUAGAGUUCCAUCAUCCAUUGUCUUACCACUUCACGGGAAUGUCUAUCCUAUUGGGUUCUAUAAUGUGACCCUCAACAUUGGUCAACCAUCAAAACCUUACUUUCUCGAUGUAGAUACUGGGAGUGAUCUUACAUAUCUCCAAUGUGACACUCCCCGUUCCCAAUGCACAGAGGCUCCCCAUCCAUAUUACAAACCCAGUAACAAUCUAGUGGCUUGGAGUGACCCUAUUUGUCAAUACUUGCGCACCAGUAGUGACAAAGGAGGUGAAAACCCAGGGCCGUGUUACUAUGAGGUUGUGUAUGCUGAUGGUGGAUCAUCAUUUGGCAUCCUUGUCAAGGAUGCCUUUAAUCUCAACUUUACAAGUGAAAAGCACCAGAGUCCUCUUCUGGCCCUUGGUUGUGGAUAUGUUCAGCAUCCAAGUGGGACUUAUCACCCCAUAGACGGAGUGCUUGGUCUUGGCCGGGGCAAACCUAGCAUUGUAUCACAGCUUAGUGGUCUGGGUUUAGUGAGAAAUGUGAUUGGACACUGUUUGAGUGGGCGCGGUGGAGGAUUCCUCUUCUUCGGGGAUGAUCUUUAUGAUUCAUCUCGUGUAGUUUGGACACCAAUGUCACCCAAUGCGAAAUACUAUUCACCCGGAUUCGCUGAAUUGACAUUUGAUGGGAAAACUACUGGGUUCAAAAACCUGAUCAUAGCUUUUGACAGCGGGGCCUCUUAUACUUACCUUAAUUCUCAGGCGUAUCAAGGUCUAAUUUCUCUGAUAAAGGGAGAAUUAUCCAAGAAGUUUUUGAGUGAAGCACUGGAUGAUCAUACGCUUCCAAUUUGCUGGAAAGGAUGGAAACCUUUCGAAAGUGUUCGUGAUGUCAAGAAAUACUUCAAGACCUUUGCGUUGAGCUUUAUGAAUGGUGGAAAAUCUAAAACUCAGCUUGAAUUCCCACCAGAAGCUUAUCUUAUAAUAUCAUCCAAGGGAAACGCUUGCUUGGGAAUUCUAAAUGGUACAGAAGUAGGUCUGAAUGAUCUGAAUGUCAUUGGAGACAUAUCAAUGCAAGACAGAGUGGUGAUUUAUGACAAUGAGAAGCAACUGAUUGGAUGGGCACCUGGAAAUUGCGACAGGCUUCCUAGAUCCAGAAGCAUUAUCAUUUGAUGACAGGUUAAAAAAAAUUGUCCUGUACAGAAAGCUGUUAAGCUGUAAUAUUGUAUUCUUCCACCAUUACAGCAAAUUCCUUGUAAAGUAAUACUAUGUAUAUGGGGUCGGGUGAAUCAAACCCCAUAAUUAUACUUGAUGGGUUAUGAAAAUUUAAUAAAA